GCAUUGCGGGUCAGCCACGUAAACGUAGCACCAGUCAAACAAGCUUCUUCAGCCAGGUUUGGACUUGUCACUUAUCCGUACAUUGAUAUUCUUCAGACGUCUCAAACAUACCCGCAAUGCCACUUCAUUUCUUCAGGACGCACGAUAUAGGAUUGUCUUGCUGAGAUGUCGGGCGUGCUGUUUGCCUCGGUGGUGCGUGUGGACGACGGCCUGCCACUGUCUGCAUCCACCGACUACGGGCAGGAUCAAGAGCUGCACGAGACCAGAAAGCACCUGAAGGUGCUUUCCAAGAAGUUGCAGCACUUUCCUGACAGAUGCACCUUCAAGAGCGGAUCCUACAACGUCAACUUCACGAGUGCUCUGGGUGUGUGUUACAUGAUGGUGUGUUUGUCAAGUUACCCAAGCGUGCUAGCCUUCUGCUUCUUGGAAGAACUCCAGAAGGAAUUCAUUGUCACCUACGACAGCAAACGCAUCGGAGCAGCCAUCAGGCCGUACUCCUUCAUAGAAUUUGACGUGGUGAUCCAGAGGACGAAGCAUCGCUACAACAGCCCUCGCUCCCUCUCCACCAAGAUCAACAUGGCCGACAUGCAGACGGAGAUCAAGCUGCGUCCCCCCUACCAGUUGACCCUCGAUGACCUUCACGCCAUCAAUGGCUUCUCUUCGCGCUCCUCCGCCAAGUACAAGGGCAUCGCUCCCACGCAGACGUUGGAGCCUUUGACGCUUCCUGGCGCCGUUUCGUGCGCCCUCAGCGUAUUGUGCGGCGGACUCAACUUGCUGCGAGGCGUCCACGCCAUCGAGAGCGUCCUUCAGAACGAGGACGAGGACUUGAGCUACGUCAUCGCCUUCUUCCUGGGCACCGCCGCCUGCCUCUACCAGUGCUUCCUGUUUGCGUACUUCUCGGUGUGGAGGAACGUGAAAUCGUUUCUGGCUCUGGGGCUGGUGUGCGUGUGCAACAUGUACCUGUUCCAGCUCAGGAACCUAUGGCAGAUUUUGUUCCACGUGGCCGUCGCCUCCUGCAUGACGCUACAAACACACCUCAGGCAGCCGCUGGGCAAGGCGCCUGACUACAACGUCUGAGCAGAUCCUCAACGCCAGAGGUCAGUGACUGCGAGAGCGCGACUACCCAAAAUGCAAUACGAGAGCAAUGAUGUCCGACAAGCUGAACACAACUCGCGGGACUAUAUUUCACUACAAAUGCAACUCAAGUGUCAUCAUCCUAUGACUCUGAACGCACCACCGGCACUAUAACGACCCUGAAUGCAGCAUGAGAGCAAACAAGGACACAACACCUGACAUCAUCCAAUGACCUUGAACGCAGCCUGAGAGACACUGGCCAGUUUUUCUCAACCAAAAAUGACUUGAAAAUUGAUUUCUCUUCCGAAAUGGUAGUUAGCGGGGGGUUUUCUAGCUAUGCAAUGCUGCCUAACACACUUAUUUCUCACUUUUAAAUGUUUAUUUAUUUAUGGACUUACUUAACCUUUUUUAUUAUCUUUGGGGUCACGGGGAGGGGUAAAUGGAGCAUCCAAUUUGAGCUCACAAAAGCCUUUUAUCAGCAGUUAGUGUGAUGUCAUCAGGUGUAGGUGUACCUUAUGUUGUGGCUGCUGGAUGUAUGUAAAGAGACAUUGCUUAAAUGGUAAGAGGUGUUCAAUAACCAAAAUAAAACACACUUUAGUUUUAAUUGUGGAGGUUCAAACUUCAAAAUGCUUAUCAGGCCUCUUUGAACCAAUUGGUGGAAUGUGUUGCCACCUGCUGGCGAAAGAGUGAACAGUCCUCAAAUGAGACUUGGCUCUUUUAUUACUUUUGUCAGCCAUUCAUGAAAAGAACAAUAAAACAUCUCCUUUAUA